AUGGAAGUCGCAGGUGAGUCAAUCGUGCUAGCACCCACUCCUGGGUACGUACUCAAGUCCCGUGUGCUUGAAUCCUCCUCACAGACGGUCGUCGUCAGCUCUAAGGUAUUUAUCAAUGUGUGUCAAGAUCCUCAGGUCCCACAACCGCCACUUGCGUUUGAUCCAGCAGUGGUGUUCCCGUUAAUAGUAGAUAACAAAUGGGAAAUUCCCAUCAUUGUGUCACGUGAAAAGGCUGUGACGGAUAAGAAGGGACAGCAGUCUUUCUGCUACGACUGCUGUAUCAAUGAUACGUGUUUCAGAUGGUGUUUAAUUGACUCUAACCUCAAGUCGAUCUUGAACGAGUGGUGCAUGGAAGCAGUGGAAAUCUUGUACGACAUAGUACUUGACCGGCAGUAUACGAUGCCAAAGAUGAUGAAUAAGGGUGAGCUUAGUGCCACUGAAAUCCAGCGGUCUGAUUUGACUGACACGGGUUUGCAGAAGAAGCUUCAUGAUUUGAAGAACAACGAGAGUUUGGCAUUGAUCGAGGAAAUAAGAGGGGGUUUGAAGGACAACGAUCUCGCCGGUAAUAUUGUUCUUGAAGCUCCUGUAAAACGGCCCUUGAUAGAGGAGAUCGAACUGACACCGAAACCGAAAGCACAAACAAGUUCAGCUCCACAAACACAGAAACCGCCCACACGAGUAUCGAAUGCUGUGAGCUUCCAGAGCCUUCAAGGAAAAGACUAUACGUUUCUCGUGAAAAUUGAGUCGAAUCUUCCCUACAAUUACGCUAAGUUGGCAUAUGAAGGUGGCCACCUCAUAUUCGAGUCUACAUGUGACCAAUACAAAAUAUCUCCCAAACUCAAGAUCCCCGUGCCGGCGGCCCUGGAAAAGUUUCAGAGUUUCUACACCGAUAACACCGUGUAUGUUUUCUGCUGAAUAGUCAUAUCAUGGUGUUUCCGCUUCCUCCUGCCUAUUUGGCACUGGUUUUGGACCUGGGACGAGCGCGGAAUUUGGUUUUCUGCUUAAAUAUCCAUCUCAAUAUCACCUGUCUCAUAUCAUAUUUUGUCCUCCAUGAGUGAAGAACGGCUUUUGAAUGGAGACUUCGAGACUUACGCAGCUGCAGAGCUGGAGGUCACACUUUUAGGACCAGAAGCCACCUUUGAACGAGAAUUCAAGUUCACGGUCAAUUCCUCCGGUCCUCUUAUUGUCAGCUUCUUCCUCCAAUAUUUAUUAUCAGUAACCACCAUUUUCGCCGCAGGCAAGUUGGGACCCAAAGAGCUUGCUGCUGCGUCCUUGGCGGUUUGUACCUUUAAUAUCACCGGGUUGGCGGUUUAUCAGGGAAUGUCCACCAGUUUAGAUUCGUUGUGUUCGCAGGCAUUUGGAUCUGGAGACCUCCACAACGUAGGAGUUUACUUCCAACGGUGUUCGCUUAUGAUCCUUGUAGUGACAAUAUUUCCUUUGAGCAUAAUCUGGUGGUUUUCAGCCAGUAUUUUGGAACCUUUGGUCGGUGAUGCUGAGUUGGCCC